ACAUGUGCCAGAUAAUACACCUCGACCACUAAACUGUGUUCUAGGUCUGGGCGGCGUCAUGCUGCUGGUUCUAUAUUACUUGGUGGUGGUGCAUGUUUUACCUUCGGACUCUCAGUUUGAUGGAUGUCUACGGAAACAGUUCAACUGCGUUGCCGCCAAGUUUAGGGGGGAGUACACACCGCUUGGAUUUCACCUGACAGACAGCACGGAGAAGAUCUUCUAUGACGAAGAUAGAAGAAUGAUAGCGAGAGAGGAGUAUGGACAGAAGGAGGGACAACCAUUCCUGACAUUCCGCCUCUAUGACUACCCAAACGAGACGUUGUAUGAUGUGUUCACAGUCGAUGGCAAAGAGACGUGUGUGAAGCUGGCCUUGUAUGAGCCUUUCGAGAAGGUGUGCAUGCCAAACAUGACACAGGAAAUCUGGCUGAAGUCUCCGCUAGGAUCCCUCCCAAACAUGGUGCCCACACAGAGAUUUAAAUGGGAGGUUGGCAACCUGACGACCGAACUGACCUACACCUACUUUAAGCAACCGGUCCUACUGGAUACGUAUGGCACCGACCAGGAUGGAGUAUCUGUGUUUGAGACAGUAUGGAUCCAGAACAUCACACACACGGCAGUCAGUGCUGCAGUCUUCACCCCUCCUCCAAGUUGCGGAGACGCAGUGUACCAGACUACUCCCAAACCCUACAGACUGAAAGUGGGAUACCUCUCCUUUUGACUGACUACAUACAGUCUGUAGCAAUAAAGGCCAUGUAACUAGCAAAUCA